AUGAGGUGUCUGAUUGUCCUUGCUAUUGCCGCCUUGGCUCAGGCCGAUCCCCUUUACCGAGUGGACACUCCCGCUGUGGUCUCUUAUGAGGUACCACUGGUAGCAGCUGACACCACUGAGACAACCGCUUUCAAGACUCUGGCCUCAUACAGUGAUGCUUUCAACAAGGCAUACAACGCUCUCAACGCAGCCCCUGCUAACGCCGCUGCCAAUACUUUUGCUUACGCCCCAGCUGCCGUUUCUGCUUACGCUCCUGCUGCCGUGGCAGCUUAUGCCCCAGCUGACGUGAAAGCAUAUGCCCCAGCCGCCGCGCCAGCCAGCGCCUUAGCCUACGCCCCGGCCGCCGCCGCAGCUUACGCCCCAGCUGCCGUCGCUGCUUACGCUCCUGCUUCCGUAGCAGCUUAUGCCCCAGUUGACGUGAAAGCGUAUGCCCCAGCCGCCGCGCCAGCCAGUGCCUUAGCUUAUGCCCCGGCCGCCGCCCCAACUUACGCCCCAGCUGCCGUCGCAUCAUUUGCUCCUGCUGCCGUGGCAGCUUAUGCCCCAGCUGACUUCAAAGCGUAUGCCCCGGCUGCCGCGCCAGCAACUGCCCUUGCCUACGCCCCGGCUGCCGCCCCAGCUUACGCCCCAGCUGCCGCCCCAGCUUACGCCCCAGCUGCUGUCGCUGCUUACGCUCCUGCAACCGUACCAGCGUACGCCCCAGCUGCCGUGCCUGCCUACCAUUCUCUGGCCUCUGCUGCUGUUCCAGCGUACGCCCCAGCCUACGCUCCAGCUUAUGCCCCAGCUUACGCUCCAGCUUACGCUCCAGCUUAUGCUCAAGCUUACGCCCCAGCUGUUGCACCAGUAUGA